CUGUUUUGCCACAGUUUAGAAAAUCUGCCACAAUUUACAAAUUGACAGAAAUUGACAGCAACUCAGCCUUGUGUAUAGGGUGGUUCCUUAGCUUGGGUUCAUGGAUAUGUACUGGGCACAAGAGUGAGAAUAUAAUAUAAACAUAAACUGCACAGAAAAGAGUGAAGAGGACAAAGGCAGGCAGGAUCGGUGAUCUGCACUGCAAUUGUCCAAAUGGGUGUACUGGGAAACACACUGCAUUCUGUGAGAUCCAUAAACAUUAGACUGGUGCUUAUGCAAGUAAUAAGCCUUGUGCUCGCAGUGAUUACAGGAUAAAGACUGCAAAAUUCUGGUUUGACGCUAGCCUACACCGAGAUCUUGGAGGCUAUUUAAUCAAAGAGUCAUUUUGAAAGUGAAAGACUGAAUUACCAUGAGGAAUUGAACUUUUGGCAAAAUGCAUUACUGACCUAAAUUACAAACCUAAUCCCCAUGUCAAUGCGUACAGCACUACAAACCUGAGCCUCCCGCCCCCGCCAUCUGUUCUCGUUAAGGUCUACCCUAAGCUUUUAAAAUCCAGCCGAUCAGUUUUGCUCUAUAUGACAAGGAUGUUUCAUAAAGAGCCAAAUAUUUGUGGAAUGAUUGUUACAUCAGCUUUGGUAAUAUGGAAGACAUUGAUGUGCAUUACUGGCACUGAGGCACCGGUGGUUGUUGUGCUUUCAGGGAGCAUGGAACCUGGAUUCAAAAGGGGUGAUAUAUUGUUUUUGCAUAUGAGUAAAGCUCCCAUCCGUGCAGGAGACAUUGUUGUGUUUAAUGUUGAGGGAAAAGAUAUUUCUAUUGUACAUCGAGUUAUCAAGGUACAUGAACAAGAAGGUGCCAAGGAUGUUUAUUAUCUUACUAAAGGAGAUGACAAUGACGAAGAUGACUAUGAAGGAGGCAUAUAUGCAGAUGAUCAGAAAUGGUUGCGACAGCAAGAUGUUGCUGGUCGUAUUGUUGGGUUUUUACCAUAUAUUGGCUGGGCAACGAUUCUCAUGAGUGAAAAGCCCAUCAUCAAGAGUGCACCUUCUGUGUUCAAGAUGCAUGCUUUUGUGCUUUACCAUUUUCCUGGUGUAUUAGAUCUUUAUAUGCUUAUUGGAGCACUAGGGUUGCUGGUAAUCACAUCCAAAGAAUAGAGAUUGAUUCAGGUUUAAAUCUGAUGGAGAGUCUAUGACGAGGGCUUCCUGCAGAUCUUGGAUCUUCAAGUAGACUAAUUAAUUCUAUGUUACCCGGGGACGCGUCCCCGGUAUUUUUUUCAGCCAUCCCCGUCCCGGGGACGUCCCGGGGAUAGGGGACUCCUAGGGGACGUCCUCAUAAAUUCUGCAUAUAGACAAUGAAUUUUGACAAUGAAUUCUAUAAGCAAUUUGACUUUGACUCUCAAUUUAACACAAAUUUGCCAUAAGAACUCUACUAGUUCUUAUAUGUUAAGGUUCUAUAAUGGAUAUGUGCAUGUUUUAUCCAUGUUUUCAUAUGAAUAUUUUAAAUUUCCCUAUUUAUUUUAAUUUUCCCUACUUUUAUAUAGCCAUCCCCUAGCCGUCCCGAAAAUUGGCAAAAAAAAUCACCGUCCCGGAAACGCGUACCCCCGUCCCCUGCCGUCCCUGUCCCGGAAACUUGGGGUAACAUAGCUAAUUAUGGCCGGUGGUUUUAGACUCUUAGAUAUCUUUCGUAAGCAUUUGAACAGCAAUUGAUUUUGUUAUAACAAAUUGUUUUGGUAA